UUGCACUCCAUCCCCCAAGCAUGACCCCGACGCCCGAGCUGCCGCCGAUCCCGAGCGACUACGACUGGGAGCAGUUCCGCGCCAACGCACACGCGACCAUCGACUUUAUCGUCGACUACCAAAAGCAGCUGCACGCGCGCCAGAUCCCAGUCUUGCCGUCGUGCCAGCCGGGCGACUUGCGCCGCGCGUUGGCCAAGAAGGCGCCCGAGCACCCGGUCGCGUGGUCGCAGAUCAUGGCCGACGUCCAGGACCAAGUCGUGCCCCGCAUGACGCACUGGCAGCACCCCGAUUUUUAUGCGUACUUUCCGUCCAUGGCUGCGCCGUCCGCGAUCCUUGGCGACAUGAUGGCGAGCGCGAUGAACCAGCCGGGCUUCAACUGGAUCUGCUCGCCGGCCGCGACCGAGCUCGAGCUCCACGUCAUGGACUGGCUCCGCGAAGCCUUUGAGUUGCCGGAGACCAUGUCGUGGGGCAGCAGUGGCGGUGGCGUCAUGCAGCCGAGCGCGACCGAGGGCAUGAUCGUCGCGCAGGUGAGCGCCCGCACGCGCAAGCUCGCGUCCAACCCGGACAUUUCGCUCAACGCGCUCGUGAGCUACUACAGUGACCAGUCGCAUUUCUGUGUCGAGAAGGCGAGCAAGGUCCUCGGCGUCACGCAUUUGCGCAAGAUUGCCUCUGUGUACGAUGACGCGAGUGGCAACUACGCCAUGGACUCGGCGCUUCUCGAGGCGACCAUGGCUGACGACGUCGCGAACGGUCUUUUGCCGUUCUUUGUCUCGGCCAACUUUGGCGCCACCGGCGUCUGCGCCAUCGACGAUGUGCCUGCGAUCGCCGCCGUCGCCGCCAAGUACGACGCGUGGCUUAACCUCGACGCGGCGUAUGCAGGCGUCGUCGCGAUCCUCCCCGAGAUGCGCCCGCUUCUCCGCGGCCUCGACCUCGUCGACUCGGUCUUGAUCAACGGCUCGAAAUGGUUCAACCUCCUCUUCAACUCGAGCUUCAUGUUCUUUACGCAGAAAGAGUACGUCGUCCGCGCGCUCAACGCGACCGGCUCGUACCUUGAGAACAAGCACACGGCCGACAACAAGGUGUUUGACCUCAAGGACUACCAGCUCGGCCUCGGCCGGCCGUUCCGGAGCUUGAAGGCGUACUGCACGAUCAACAGCAUGGGGCUCCAGGGCUUCCGUGACGUGCUCUCGCGCCACAUCUCGCUCGCCAAGUACCUCGCGUCGGGCCUCUCAGACACGAACCGCAUUGAGAUUGUGCGCCAAGUCGACUUUGGCCUCGUCUGCUUCCGCGUCAAGAACGCGGAUGAUGCAGCCAACAUGGCGGUCAUGGAGCGCCUCAACCAGACCGAAGGCAUCCACUUUGUGCACACAGUGACCGCGCACCACGGUGUCGUCCUCCGCAUUGCGCUCUGCCACCCGCAGCUGACGACGGCCGACAUGGACGGUCUCGUCGCCAAGAUCGUGCGCUGCCUUCCGUAAAAGGUUGCGUAAUCUAGAUUUGUUUGCACUUGUCG